CUGGCGGGUUUACGGCGAAUUUAAGGAGAGUUUCUGAAAACAGCGACGUUGAAGUGAGCGUGCGCAGCGCGUGGAGGACGUUUCAUUUGGAGGCAGCGAUGAACUUCUCCGAAGAAGUCGUGUCUGCCGCGCUGUCGGCCGCCGUGUCGGCAGCGAUGGCCGUCGCCAUGGCGGUGGACGCCAAGGCUGAACUCGCCAAGCUGCUGGACGAAUGGGAGGAAACGCAGCAGGGAACCACGGAGGCUCUGGUCUCCAUCCUCACCAAAAUAUCGGAGCUGAUUGAACGGGAGACGGGAGAGUAUCACAAAGCAGACCCCGACCCCUUUGAUGAUCGUCAUCCAGGACGAGCGGAUCCAGACUGCAUGCUGGGACAGAUCCUGAAGAUGCUCUUUAGGAACGACGACUUUACAAACGCGCUGUUGGACACGUAUAUAAUGACCAGCAGAGAGCUGAACCUCAACACAGCCGCCUGUCGUCUGCUGCAGAACAUCAUGCCGGGUCUGGAGACGGGCGUCGUCUUCCAAGAGAAGGAAGGUCUGAUUGAGAAGUUGUUCACCUGGGCUCGUGAAGCGGAGCGGCCGCUGUGCGUCUACGCUACGGGUCUGCUGGCCAGAGCCAUGAGCAACCAGGAAGUGGCGGCGAGCUACCGAGAGGAGAACGCUCUGCUGGUUCCCAUCAUGAUUCAGCGACUCUUAGAGCUGCAGUCUGAAGGGUCUCAGAGUCAGUCAGGGCCCACAGAAACCCCCCAGAAUCUACCUCAGGACUCUCAGGUUGAAGGCACGCGGACUUCAACCACCUCGACGGACCAGCAGGAGAAGACGGAGGAAGACGUGGAGGAAGAGGAGGAGGAAGGAAGGAGAGAGAAAGCCGGAGAGAGCAGCAGGAAGGCGUCAAAGUCCAGCUUCAAACCUUCGUCUCUGCUCGGGUCGGUGCAGAAAAACGGCUGCAGCAGCAGCAGCGGCGGCGGCUCCGCCCGACUGAUCCCGGACUUCGUUUACCAGGCGAGCCCGGACAUCGGAGGAGGAGGAGGAGGAGGGAAGAGGAAGGCGGUGAAGGAGAAUGGGAGGAAGGCGAAGCAGAAGCUCAACUUCACCUCCUCCUCCUGCAGGACUGAGGAUGAGGAGGAGGAUGAGGAGGAGGAGGUGCAGAAGAGCGAAGUCACCUCCCAGCAGGCCAACAGCACCUCCUGGUCCGAGAUGAGCUCCAUGGUGAUCGGCUCCGACUACCGGCUGCUCCCGCUGAGCCCGGCCAUGGAGCAGAGGCUCAUCCUGCAGUACCUGACCCCGCUGGGAGACUACCAGGAGCUGCUGGCCGUCUUCAUGCAGCUGGACACUCGGGUGCUGCUGAUGAGCUACAUCGACCUCCGGCGGACCAAAGACGUCCAGCUCAUCUUCGACGCCCUCUUGUAUCUCGCCUCGCUGCUCCUCCAUAAGAAGUUUGCAGCGGAGUUCAUCGCUCACGGAGGAGUUCAGAAACUCCUCGAGAUCCCGAGACCUUCGAUGGCGGCGACCGGAGUUUCACUCUGCCUGUACUACCUGGCUUAUAACCAAGACGCUAUGGAGAGGGUGUGCACGCUCCCAGACGGCGUGCUGUCAGACAUGGUGUCCUACGCUCUGUGGCUGCUGGAGUCGUCCCACGCGUCGGGCGUCUGCCACGCCACCAUGUUCUUCUCCAUCUCCUUCUCCUUCAGAGCCGUGCUGCAGCUGUUUGACCACCAGGACGGCCUGCGCAGACUCAUCAACCUGGUCAGUACGUUAGAGAUUCUUAACACGGAUAACGAAGUGUCCAUAAUGAGCGAUGACCAGGUGUUCUCCAGCCGGCAGACGGCCAAACACACCUGCAUGGCCCUGCGCAGGUAUUUUGAGGCUCACCUGUCAGUGAAGGCUGAGCAGGUCAAACAGUCACUGCAGUCAGACGGAGGAAGCAUCGUUACCCAGCAACCGUUCUACAAGGCAUGCUCGUACACCAGAGAGCAGGUGGUGGAGGUGAUGGAGUUCCUCAUCGAGUGCGGACCGCAGCUCCACUGGGAACCCGUGGAGGUUUUCUGCAAGUUGUCCUGCGUUCAUCUAAUGCUGCAGCUCAUCUCUGCCGCCUGUGACUGGAGGACGUACUACGGCAGGAGUGACACGGUGCGUUAUGCGUUGGACAUCCUCGCCAUCCUGACGGUGGUUCCUAAGGUCCAGCUGGUGCUCGCCGACACCGUGGAAGUUAUUGAUGAAACCAGGUCGUCUGUUUCCACCGUGGGUAUGAGCAUCAUCUUCGGUGUUGCAGAGGGAGAAGUGUUCGUCAAUGAUGCUGAGAUCCAGAAGUCUGCACUACAAGUGAUAAUAAACUGUGUGUGUGCUCCAGACCAGAGCCUGAACACUGUGGGAGCUUUCGCCGUGACCCCCAUCAGGCCGUCGCUGCACCCCCAGCAGCCCCCCGCCCCCCACAACAGGGUGCUAGCCCACAUGUGGCAGGUGGUGCAGAACAACAAUGGAAUAAAGGUGCUCCUGUCGCUGCUCUCGGUGAAGAUGCCCAUCACAGACGCAGACCUGAUCCGGUCUCUGGCCUGUAAAGCUCUGGUCGGACUGUCUCGCAGCACAGCGAUCAGACAGAUCAUCAGCAAGCUGCCGCUCUUCAGCAGCGGACACAUUCAACAGCUGAUGAAGGAGCCGGUGCUGCAGGACAAACGAAGCGAGCACAUCCGUUUCUGCCGAUACGCGGCGGAGCUGACCGAGCGAGUUUCGGGCAAGCCUCUCCUCAUCGGUAGCGACGUCUCAUUGGCUCGCCUGCAGAGGGCCAAUGUGGUCGCCCAAUCGCGGAUCACCUUUGCCGAGAAGGAACUCCUCAUGCUGAUCAGGAACCACCUGGUGGCCAAAGGGCUCAACGACACGGCCAACACGCUCAUCAAAGAGGCCAAUUUAUCCGUCGCCUGUCAGAACUCUUCCUCCUGUAUCACCCCUUCCUCUUCCUCAGUGAUUCCCAGGACCUGUCGGAUAGCCGGCGGGAUCGCAGCUCGGAUCGGCAGCCAUCACGGAUCCUCUCCGGUGUCCUCGAUUACCGCGGUCACCCCGUCUACCUCUCGCUCCCCGGUCCUUCCUCACCCGUCGCCCCUGUCCUCUACGUCAGCCCUCGCCCUACCCGGUCCUCACCCAGUACCUCACGGUCAGAACUCCCCUCUGGUCGGCCGGAUUUUGUUCUCACGGGAACGAUCGUUGACCUGUGGCAGCACCGGGAAAAGACUGCGAGCGUUGAAACAGAAAUCUGAUCACGGUGCUUUCAUCCAGACUCCAGCCAUGAAGAAGCAGCUGGAGCGCCACCUUCCUUCCCCCCCGACCCUCGACAGCAUCAUCACCGAGUACCUGAGGGAACAGCACGCCCGCUGCCCCAACCCCGUCACCACCUGCCCGCCCUUCUCGCUCUUCACCCCCCACCGCUGCCCCGAGCCCAAGCAGAGGAGGCAGGCGUCGCCCAACUUCACGGCCCGGCUGGGGAGCCGAGUGCUUUACCCGAAAUACGAAGGCGUGGACCGAGGCUGCCUGGACAGACAUCUGAUAUUCAGCAGGUUUCGGCCGAUGUCGGUAUUCCACGAGGCCGACGGAGACGAGAGCGGUUUCACCUGUUGUGCCUUCUCAGCCCGCGAGCGUUUCCUGAUGUUGGGAACGUGCUCGGGUCACCUCAAACUCUACAACGUCUUCUCCGGAGAGGAGACGGCCAACUACGCCUGCCACACAUCAGCCAUCACACACCUCGAACCCUCCAGAGACGGGAAGCUGCUGCUGACGUCGGCUUCUUGGAGCGUCCCGCUGUCAGCUCUCUGGACGAUGGACAGCGUCUUCGGCAUGAAGAACUCAUUUGUAGACGACCACUACGUCGAAUUCAGUAAACUCUCUCAGGACAGAGUUAUCGGCACCAAGGACCAAAUCGCCCACAUCUACGACAUCCAGACGGGCCAGAAGACUCUGACCCUGAACGAUCCCGGCCUCGCCAACAACUACAAGAGGAACUGCGCCACCUUCAACCCCACGGACGACCUGGUGAUGAACGACGGCGUGCUGUGGGACGUUCGGGCGUCGCGGGCCAUUCACAAGUUCGACAAGUUCAACAUGAACAUCAGCGGCGUUUUUCAUCCCAACGGCCUCGAGGUCAUCAUCAACACGGAGAUCUGGGACCUGAGGACGUUCCACCUGCUGCGCACCGUCCCAGCGCUGGACCAGUGCAGACUGGUCUUCAACAGCAACGCUACCAUCAUGUAUGGAGCAAUGCUGCAGGCUGAUGAUGAAGAUGACGCGAUGGAUCGGCAGAUGAAGAGUCCGUUCGGUUCUUCCUUCAGAACGUUCGACGCCACAGACUACAAGCCGAUUGCCACCGUGGACGUAAAGAGGAACAUCUUCGACCUGUGUACGGACACCAAAGACUGCUACCUGGCUGUCAUCGAGAAUCAGGACACAGUGAGUCUGGACACGGUGUGCCGACUGUACGAGGUCGGCCGACACAAGCUAGUAGAAGAAGGAGACGAUGAUGAUCAGGACGAUGAAGACCAGGAUGAUGAUGAUUCCUCCGACUCGGACGAUGACGACGACGAUGACGAUGAUAUGGACACGGACCCGCUCAUCGAGGCACUGGCCAAUAACGACGACGAUGAUGAUGAUGAUGGAGAGGACGGAGGCAGAGCGAACUCUCCCACAGAUCAAGAGAUCGCGGAUCUUCUCGGCAGCAACAGCGAUGAAGGAAACGAUGAAGAGGCCGACAACGAUGACGACUCCGAAGACUCCGAUUUUGACGAUGAUGACGACGACGAUGAAUCCGACAUCAUCGACUUCCCAGCACAAUCAGACGAUGAGGAGGACGACGACGUGGAGCUAAUCCGAACCCUCUGUGACCGAUGGUUCUCCUGACCAAUGACAUCAUCGCUCCUCCUCUGCAGCCGCUGACCACAAACACCUCAACAAGGACUUUUUUUCUUCUUCUUCCUUUGAAUCAUUUACUAACUGAAUCAGGCAAGUUGAAUGUGAACACACUAAUGCUCGAUGCUCAGAUAAAGACAGCCUGACCCGUCUUUCUGUUUCUUGUCUCAAACGAAGGGAGAAAUAAAAUAAAACAUAUAUUUAUGAUGUUUUACUGCUGGACAUAAUAACAUGGGGUUUUAUAAAUUCAUAUCUAACUCACAGUUUCUAUUAUUCAUCGAGCAACUAAGGAAAUAAAACUUCUGUCAAAUACAGUUUUUAGUAUUUUUCAAGUGUUUCUUUCUAGAGGAAUCAUUCAGGGUUAAUAUACGAUAUCAAAUCCACAGUAUUUAGAGCCAUAACUUGAAAUAAAUGUUAAAUUAUCUGUUGAGAGUUAUAUCCUCAGGCCACGCUACUGUACGUCUGUAGAGAAAUACUCAACUAGCAGCUUAUUAACACAUUGCAGCAGUCAAUAGUCUUCCCUUUCUUUUCUUUUUUUUCCUUCUUUUUUUUUAAUGUUUGAUGAUAGCUGAAAGCCAAAUAUUCACAUUAACGCAGUGAUACCGACCUUUUUUUUUUUCUUUUUUUCACUGAGGAAAUCCUAGAUGUAGCCUUUCAGUUGUGUUUGCUAUAAUUUUAAAGAUUUGAUAUUGUUUAAUUUAAAUUAUUGUUUUGCUUGUGAUUGAUUUAAUUUAUUUGAGUUGAUCUUUAAAAGGGGUUUAAACAGCUUUUGCAUGUAGCGGAUGUAUGGUUUUAGCUCCUGUAUAUUUCAGGCACUUAGCAGACACCUUGAAAAUAACUCGAGUACCAACUGUGUGUGUGUGUGUGUGUGUGGAGUGUUUUUUUUGGGGGGAAAAUACUCUGUAAUCAGUGUUAAGAUGAGUGUUAUACAUGAGUCAUGAGUUGGUUGGAGGUUUGUAGCAGCUGGUAAUGUUGGCUAAUAUAUCCCACUAAAUGUGAUUAAAAAAACACAGUAAAACAUCCUGAUGUAUUAAAUUAUAUUAAUCAGUUAUUGUAAAUUUAAAAAAUGCAGGUUUCGAGUUUUUCCACUAAUGUCUUAAAGAUGUCAGUAUGAAAAGAUCAUUAUUUAAUGUCAGGUCAUCAUUAAGUGUCAGAUUACAUCCUGGAGUUCCUUUAGAUGAAUAUUAUAAAGUUCAUUAUCAGCUGCUGCAAGUUUCAUGGGAAUAUAAAUUAUAUUUUGUAUUAGUGCAGUUUUUCUAUUUUGCAGUGUGUUUAACUCUUUCAUGAACAGUCAGACUUUGGACAUAUUACUCUCUGUGUAACUUGGUUUGUUAUAUCUUGUGUCUUUAAAACUAAAAAACAAAAGGAUAAAAAAAAGAAGAAGAACCAGCAGGUUGAAUCAUUACGGGUAAACAUCACAGCCUGUAUAUAACCCUUUAUAACAGUUAUAGAGCCCACACAAGGCUGCAGUGCAUUUUUGGAAAAUUGUUGUAAAAAUCAUAUAAAUAUAUAUAUAUGAUAUUUUUGAGACUUUAACACCAACAUUUGCUGUUUUUUAACUAAUGUGAAAUAAUCUGCGUUCAAUUUAACAAAACUGUUUUGUUUGCUUGUUUUUCUUCAAGCAAUAAGAAAUACAUCUUUAUUUUCACACUAAUCUCAAAGGUUUGGGUUGUGAAUGGAGGUCCUGAUAUGUUGGUGUCUCAAAAAAAAAAAGAAAAAAAGUAUUUAAAGACACAGCAGCUUUUCAGAGCCAUGAAAAAUACAGUUUUUCAGCAUAUUGAAUUGUCUAUAAAUCUGUACAUUGUUGUA